UGUGCUUCCUAUCCAUCCCGAGAAUGAAGACUCCACUGGGCCGAACUUCCCUCUACCAUCCAAAUUAAACUGCGACAUAAUACUUCUUUGUUGUCCAUCGCGUACAAAUCUUGCCUUCUUUUCCUAGAUUGAAUAUCCUCACCUUACUCCCAUACCAAUCCUGUCAAUUGACCGUCCUUCUAACCUCACAUCAAACAAUCCCUCAUCAUCCCACCACCAUGUCCGACAAACCCACCACCAACAACAACAAGAAUAAACCAGAAGAUCCCAAAAGCAACCCCAACAACCCUCCAAACUCCUCCAACCCUCCCUCCAACAACAACAACAGCAACAAUGAAACCCCCUCCCUAGCCAACCGCAUCCAAACCUCCGCCUCAGGCCUCGCCCGAAACGCCCUCUACGGCUCCGGCCCGUCCGCCGACACGGCACAACUCCUAGCAAGCGGAGGCAGCAAAGCCGCUUCCUCCUCCCCCCGACCAUCCGCCUUCGCAGCCGCCCAACAAUACCAAGAAUCAUCGGGACCGUCCUCCGCAUCGGCAGCCUCAUCCCGCGACCCGGUCCCCGCGCAAUCAUUCCGCUCUCCGGCGCCGCAACAACAGCAGCAGCAACAAGGCGGAUUCGCGCUUCCUGCGCUGUCGGAGGAUGAGUUCCAGCGGUCUUAUGGGGAUGUCUUCCCCAACCAGGACAUAACAUCGUCAUCAUCGUCGAAAGGAAAAGAAAAAGCCUCUCAACUACACCCCCACCAACCCCACUCCCACAAAGAAUCUACCCUCCACAGCCUACCAACCCAAUACCACCACAACGACCAAGACGGCUCCGACGUCCUCACCCUCCUCUCCUCUCCCACAUUCGACCCCGAAUUCCCCGCCACCGAAACCGAGCCCUUCGAACCCAUCGAAACCGACCUCUCAGCAACCCUCACAGACGCCGAACGCACCACCCUCGACUCCUUCCGCCGUCAACACCAACCCUCAACACAGAUCACAUCCCACAGCCUCAUCCCCGACAUCGGCUCCUUCCUCGACACAAUCCCCGCCUCCGCGCAAUCGGACGCGACGCAGCUGCGCGAUACCGUACUGAGCGGUCUCCCUGGGGCUGCGGACUGGGUUGCCCUGGAAGAGCAGUACCAGGAUGAGGUGUGGGGGUAUCUGAAGCCGACGUUGGAGGCUGCUGCGAGGGAGAUGGAGGAGAGGGACGAGACUGGGAAGGAUGGGAAUGGACAGCAGGAGGAUGGCCCUGCUGUGAGGAGGUUGAAGAUGGUGUUGAUGCAUAUGAGGGGGUAGUUCUACUGUAUAUCAGGUAUAUAUAUAUAUAUAUUUAAUUAUUUAUUUGUAUAUAGCUUGGGUAAGG